UCGGAAUGGGGAAAAAAUGUGGCAAAGGUUAUAAAUAAAUGACCAAGAUUUGUUUCGUUAUCAUCAGUCGGCGCCGUGAAAGUAAACCAACAACGAACAGGGAAAAGAAAAAGUCUCAAAUCUCUUCGCCUGCUAACAUUGAACUUGUUUCUAAUUACAAUGCGGACGUGCGAGAAGACAACCCUCUGGCUGCUGUCCAUCCUAAUCUCAUGCAAUUGUUUACCGAGCAACUACGAUUUCAAAGUAACACCAGAACAACCCGAAUAUUUCUGCUGCAGGACAACCAGGACUAUAGUUUCAGCUACGGCGUCAAGGAUCUGCAUACCGGGGAUGUUAAGCAUCAAUGGGAGAAGAAGGAUGGUGAUGUCGUGCACGGACAUUACACUCUUCUCGAAGCCGAUGGAUCGGUGAGGACGGUGGAUUACACGGCGGACGAGAAGAGCGGCUUCAACGCUGUCGUCAAGCAUAAAGGACCCUCGUAUCAUCCCAGUCCGAAACAAGCGUCCAGUCACAACGAGGUGUCUUUAAAAGUCGAAGAGACACCUGCUAAUAUCGAGCAUUACAAAACUGUGACGAAAACUAUCAAAACGGAACCGGAUUACAACGAUGUUUACAAGCCUUCCUACAUUUUAGUUCAAGAAGAUUCUGAUAAGGAAAUAGGGGAACCACCGCACGAGGAAAUCGUGUCCACUUACUCCAAUCACAAAUCAGUUUACACGCACAAACCUAUACAAAAAAUCCAAACGAUUCCCGUCGAUUUAUCCCUUCUAAAGCCGUUGAAGCAAAGACCGGUCGUCAUCGAUCUGAGAAACGUCACUCAGAAUUACCAGGAGCACCAGGACGUGCACCAAGCGGAGGAAACUAAUGAAGAAGGAGAAUCAGCCAACAUCGAAUUUUCCUAUCCCGAACCGAACAUCGAGACUGGAUUCAAACCUCUCCAAUACACACCAUCAACUAACAACAAUUACCAACAACAAUUCGUAAUCCCCAAUACUUACCUGUCCAAUAAGAAGCCGAUGACCACGCCCGGUCUGCAGAACUACGCGAGCGACAUCAUCAACGGAAGACCCAAAUUUCCAGUUUAUCGAGUGCAACCGAAACCGGGGCCGAUUCAAUUCCCGAGAUUGACGGAAUAUCGUAAGCAAAACAGGAAGGAAAGGCCGCACACCAAGAACGUCAUCAAGUAUACGAAACACUUCCCAUACUGAGAGCAACAAUCUUUCUUUUUAAUUAUUUAUUUA